CCUCUAGCGCGUGUGAUUGGGCGAAAUAACCGGUCUCGGACAACACGACUUUGUGACCAUGACCCAGACAACUGCAUGGUCUGCAAAGGUAUUACCGGUUUCACAGAUCUAUUAGCAGGCAGACAUGCAGGCGCAGGAGCUGUUGAAGCAGCUACGGUUGCCUGAGCUGGCCGAUGUCAGGCAGUACUUCCGCAGCCUGUCCGCCAGCACGCUGAUGGGCAUGGGGGCCUUUGCAGCCUUUACCACCUACCUGUAUGCCACGCGUCCCAAAGCCCUCAAACCACCCUGCGACUUGAGCAUGCAGUCCGUGGAGAUACCCGGUGGGGAGCUGGCACGUAGCUCAGUGCUGCUGGACCCAGAAACGCUUCUGUCGUUUUAUUAUGAGGAUGCUAAGACAGUGUAUGAAUGCUUCAUUAGAGGCAUGAGGGUGUCCGGCGAUGGGCCUUGUUUAGGGUCAAGAAAGCCAAAACAGCCUUAUGAGUGGCUGUCCUACUCAGAGGUCCUGGAGAGAGCAGAGAACCUGGGCUCAGCGCUGCUGCUCAGGGGCCACUCCAGAACCUGUGAGCAGUACGUUGGGAUCUUCUCUCAGAACAGACCAGAGUGGACCAUCUCAGAGCUGGCAUGCCACACAUAUUCGCUCGUACCAGUGCCCCUGUAUGACACACUGGGCACCGAUGCUAUCCGCUUCAUCAUUGACCAGACCUGCGUCUCCACGGUGGUGUGCGACGUGCCGGCGAAGGCGCGCCUGCUGCUGGACAGUGUCUCGGGCAGGCAGCACUCACUGCGCCUUCUCAUGCUGAUGGAGGCGUUCGACUCGGAGCUGGCAGUGCGAGGUCAGCAGUGCGGCGUGCAGCUUGUCAGCCUGGCCGAGGCCGAGGCUCAGGGGAGGACCUGCAGACAGCCCCCUUCGCCUCCUGGAUCUGAGGAUUUAGCGCUUAUUUGCUAUACCAGCGGAACCACAGGAAACCCAAAGGGUGCCAUGCUCACCCACAGAAACAUUUUGUCCAAUAUUUCUGCUUUUGUUAAGAUCACAGAGACUAGUUGUCCCCUCACCCACAGAGACACACAUGUGUCUUACCUCCCUCUGGCACACAUGUUUGAACAAGUGGUGCAGGGCCUGAUUGUUAUCCACGGGGCUCGAGUCGGCUUUUUCCAGGGAGACAUCCGCAUGCUGAUGGAUGACCUCACAGCUCUGAAGCCCACCGUGUUCCCAGUGGUGCCCCGUGUGCUCAACCGCAUGUAUGAUAAGAUCUUUGGACAGGCCAACACUCCACUGAAGAGGUGGAUUCUGGAUUUUGCGUUCCGCAGGAAGGAGGCUGAGAUGAGGAGUGGGCUUAUGAGGAAGAACAGUCUGUGGGACAAACUCAUCUUUAAGAAAGUCCAGGCCAGCGUUGGAGGUUGCGUGCGUCUGAUGAUGACUGGUGCUGCUCCAGUUUCUGAACAUGUGCUUACCUUCCUGCGUGCGGCACUGGGCUGCCAGUUUUAUGAAGGUUUUGGACAAACUGAGUGCACAGCUGGGUGUACUGUUAGUUUGUCAGGAGACUGGACAGCAGGUCAUGUGGGUCCUCCUUUGCCUUGUAACCACAUCAAACUGGUGGAUGUUGCUGAGAUGAACUACCUGGCUGCUAACGGAGAGGGAGAGGUAUGUGUGCAGGGGCCUAAUGUGUUUAAGGGAUACCUGAAUGACCCAGAGAAGACAGUGGAAGCCAUCGACCAGGAUGGCUGGCUCCAUACAGGAGACAUUGGCAGGUGGCUGCCGAACGGCACGCUGAGGAUUGUGGACCGCAAGAAGCACCUCUUUAAGCUGGCACAGGGAGAGUACAUCGCCCCGGAGAAGAUCGAGAAUAUCUACCUAAUGAGUGAGGCUGUGGCCCAGGCCUUCGUGCACGGCGACAGCCUCCAGGCCUGCUUGGUGGCCAUUAUUGUGCCAGACCCUGACUUCCUCCCUGGAUGGGCGAAAAAGAGAGGCUUUCAUGGCUCCUACGAGAAUCUCUGCAACAACCCGGGAGUGAAAAAUGCCAUUUUGGAAAACAUUGUUAAACUGGGCAAAGAAAGUGGACUGAAGUCAUUUGAACAGGUGAAGGACAUUGCUCUGCACAAAGAAAUGUUCUCCAUCCAGAAUGGCCUCCUCACACCGACCCUCAAAGCCAAGCGUGCUGUGCUCAGCAAACAUUUCAGGAAACACAUUGACCAGCUAUAUGCCUCCAUUCAGAUGUAAAACUGAUCCUGUAUCAGUUUUAAAGGAAUAAUCGUAGUAUUGAAUGGAGCCCAGGAGGAGCCAGCUGCCAUCAUGCCGACAAGCUGGUCUGAAUCGGCUCCUGUGAGCUUCUCGUCACCGUUAGCUACGUUAGCACUUUGGGGUGAAGUAUUCCUCAAAAGAGCCGUCCUCGACAAAGAACUCUGCCUGAUCCACGCAUGACGUCCACUGCCUUUCAUAUGUAUAUAGGAAUGAGGGGAAAAUUGGUUCAGGAAGCCUAACUCUGUUCUCACAGCUCCAGAACAUACCUCAUGGCUGACACGACACUUCACAUGACCUUACUUUACUGCAACAGAUGUCUAAUGGAAGUACGUUCUCUCAAAGACCUGGUCUUACAAAUGUACUCGGACUGGCCUUGAGGAUUUAAAAUUUUUCACUUUCAGAAUAUCUGUCAAAGAGGUUGCUUGGGUGCUAGAUGGCGCCAUUAAGGUUAACACACACCUUAAAGAGGCUCAGGCCUUCAUAGGCAAUUUUCUGCAUGACUUGUCAGUAAUAUUCGGGUUGUGCAGAUAGCAUAUUGACAAAUAUGGCCACUGACUAUUGUAAGCCUUGUGUCAUCUGUUGUAGCUACACUCAACUGUACUGUGACAUUCUGGUACCCAGCAAACCAUGGUUGUGGUGCCAUUAAACAUUUUGCUAAGUAUUUGCAAUAUGUACCUAUGUAGUGUUCAUAUAGUGUUCAUAAAGUAUUCCUAGAAACUGGUGAUUUGUAAUUUGCUGCUCUAUUUCUAGAAGGAUUUAGUUUGCAUUCCCUAGGAUAGACCCAGACACCAUUUGAUAUAUAUGUAUUUUUUUUGUUGCAAUAUACAAAGGCCAAUACUGCAUAUUUAUAUAGUGUUAUUAUGUCUACAUAGCAUGUUGGUACAGUGUUGACAUUGAAUUUUAGGACUUUUGUGAGAACUCUGCUAAAUGUUUUAUAUAUGCCUGCUUUGAAGAGGCUUUUAACACAUUGUUUUUAAUUAUGGGGCGUUGUAGAAUCACUGUAGUUUAUUUUGUUUGUUUGGGGUUUUGUUUUGUUUUGUUUUAUUAAUUUCUUUGAAUAUACUUAGUAGCCUAAAGCUAUUUUAUCUGAUCACUCCAAGAUGAGGUACAUAAAAGUAAACCAAAAUAUAUUGGGUACAGUAGUGAUUUGUAAACACUAUCUGUCUGACAGCAAAAUCAGUGCUGUCAUGUCUCUGGAUUCUUUGUGUUAAUUUUUUUUCAAACAUGAGUAUGCUUGUUAACAUGAGGUAGUUACAUCAUAUUAUGGACAUGUAGGGUUGUGUUGGGGGAGCUGUAUUUGAUGAUGUCAAAGGGAAAUAUUAAAAUGUUUUUGUAAUCUGUUAGUUCAAGCCAUUAAUGAAAUUUUCAUGUAAAAGAUAUACAUGACUUGAAUUAAAUGUGAUUUUCUGUAAAUGUGA